AUGGAGAAAUAAAAAAGGAAGAAGCACGGAGCACACAACGAAUCCAAGAGUCUGUGGAAUUACACCCUGUCUCCAGGUUGGUCCUAAGAAGAAGUCAAGAUUCUUAAACUUGCAUUGUAGAAAUUCGGAAUCGGCAAAUGGAGAAGCAUCAUCCAAUCAGAAUGUUUGCCAGAUAAAUCCAUAGGAUAGAUCUAUAUCUAAACUUAGAGAAUGCUUGGAUAGUAAUCGUUGGGAGACUUUAUGGGAUUGUAGAUUGAUUUAGAAAAGGUGUGGAUAGACAAUAAUCAAAAAAAGGGAGUAAUGAGAAAAAAUGGGUGUGUUAUUAAUACAGGAGACAAUCCAAAUAAAGAGGAGAGGAAGUAGAGAAUCGAAGAAAAUAGAUAGAGAUAUUCGAUAUAAUAGGAGGAGAUUAAUAAAAUAAAGUUGCCUCGUUUUAAGAAUGAUUGCGUAGCUAAAUAUUUCACAAUUUAAGAAAUUGAAAAUGAUUAAUUUACAUCUAUUGAAAAGUUAUAACAUUUUGUGAAUCUGGAAACAGAGAUUGAAAAAAAACUCAAAAAGAUUUAACUAAUGAAAUCAAAUGCAAAUGGUAUAGGUUAUCAUAAUGGCAAUGGAAAUGGCAUUAAUAAUCAUAACCAUAAUAAUCACUUAGAUGAAUAAAAGUGA